CUUCUUUUCAGUCAUAUUUUGACAUGGGUCUUGCUGAUGCCGGUUCUCCCUUAUCUCACGAAGAAACCAUGAAAUGGGCGUCCCAUAUCAGAAAACAUGGUAUAGUGCAGUUUAUAAAUUUAUUUAAAAAACAAAAAACAAGAAGAGGUGACGUUUUUAAAUGGGGAGAAGAAAUAGAAUACACGAUAGUGAAAUUCGAUGAUGACAAAAGAGAAGUUAAACUAAACUUAAAAGGUGAAGAACUACUUAAAGAAUUAAACAUAAAUGGUAGUGAUGGGUUUUGGGCACCAGAAUAUGGUGCUUUUAUGAUUGAAGGGACACCAGCACAACCUUUUGAAGGAUUAGAUUUUAGCUGCGUAGAAGAAAAUAUGAGGAAGAGGAGGAAAGAAGUAAAGAAAUUACUGAAAUCUGAUGAAGAUCUGAUAUGUAUUACUAGUUUUCCUAGAAUGGGUUGUGAAAAUUUUACCUAUCCAAUUGCAAAACCGACACCGAUAGACGGAAUUACAAAAUCAAUUUUUUUUCCAGACGCAUGUAUUUUUCCGGGUCAUAGCAGAUAUAAAAACACUACUAAAAAUAUCAUGGCUAGGAGAGGAGAAAAACCAUUUUAUAAUUUACAAGUAUUUAAAGAUAAAAAAACAAAAAAUCCAUUAGACGACAGUUACAUAUAUGAAAAAAAUGCACUUCCAGAUCACGUAUAUUUGGAUUCGAUGGGUUUUGGAUGUGGAUAUUCGUGUUUGCAAACUACUUUCCAAGCUUCUGAUUUGAGUGAAGCCAGAGUAUUAUAUGACCAAUUGGCCUCAUUUUGCCCUAUAAUGAUGGUGCUCACAGCGUCCGCUCCAUUUCAUCGUGGCUUUAUAACGGACGUGGACGCUCGGUGGAAUAUACUCUGCCAUACUCAAGAUUGUCGUACUCCUGAAGAAAAAGGUUUACGACCUUUGAAUAAAAACAAAUUCGUAAUAAACAAAUCCAGACACGAUUCCAUAGACUGCUAUAUAUCUCCCGAAGGAAAGAAAUUCAAUGAUUUAGAGAUUUUGUUUUACGAGGAAGAUUACAAAACAUUGGUAGAUAACGGUAUCGAUGAUCUUCUCGCGCAGCAUGUUGCCCAUUUGUUUAUUAGAGAUACUAUUUCUGUGUUUAAGGAAAAAAUACAUCAGGACGAUGAAGAAGAAAUAGGCCAUUUUGAGGUGGACGAAAAUAUACAGAGAGCCCAAAAACGAAACGCUGCGCAAGAGCAAAAAUUUUGGUUCAAGAGGAAUAUCCUACCGAAUAAUGUAGAAAACGACAAAAAUACAUGCAGUUUAAAAGGAAGAAAUGAAAUAGGAUUGGAAAAAAAAGGUUUAUUUACGAAAAUAUUCAUAGAAAAUUGGAAUUUCGAGAAUUUGAUGGAAAACGAUUAUAAGACUACAGAAAGUGAUAAUAUAGACAUACAACUCUUACACAAAUUGUGUAAGAGAAGGAGCAGUCUACAACUCAAAAAUGAGCGCAAUACAGAAAAAUAUAAAAUAAUAAAUGAAAUAAAUAAAUACGGGUUUAAUAAAAAAUGGAGCCUACAGGAAGAAACAAUUGAUAGUAGUCGCUUAACCAAUGAUGAUAUGAAGAGUGAAAAUUUGGAAAUAGGGAAUAUCAUAAAUGGACUUUCAGAAAAAGAAAACAUAAAAAAUGGACUGAUACAAAACAAAAAUAAAAAGAAAGAAUGCAGGAGGGACAAAAAUAUAAAUACCGAAAACAAUUGCAUUGAAAUGACUAUCGACGAAAUCAUAAAUGGAAAGAAUGAUGAAUUUCCUGGUAUUAUACCAUUAAUGCAAAAAUACUUGGAUACUUUAAACCUUGAUGUGCGCAACUAUUGUCUCAUACAACGAUAUCUAAAUCUGAUAGGAGGUAGAGCUUCUGGAAAAAUGCUUACACCAGCUUCUUGGAUGAGAAAGUUUGCGAUGGAACAUCCCGAUUACAAAUCAGAUUCCGUGAUGACUGAAAAAAUGACUUACGAUCUUCUAAAAACGAUGCAAGGUCUUCAAAAUGGAGACAACUGCUGCCCAGAAUUAUUAGGCGAAGAUUACACCAACAAUAAAAACUUUUGUAAUAACUGCUGACAAUUACCGAUGGAAACGUUUAUAUUAAAAAGAAGUUAUCAUUGAUCAAUUGAUAUUUAAUAACAUUUCUUGUUAAAAAUCAUACACGUAUCAUACGUGGCUAAAUUGUUGUCAUCACUGACGUAUUUGAUAGAACUAACAAUCAAAUUGUCUUAAGUCAAUAAAAAAGGCCAUUUUUUGUUUCACAAUAUCAAUUGCGAUACGGGCAUUGUUGAAGACUAUGUAUAUACGUUAUUGACGAUGUAUGUUAUAUAACACAAAAAAAAAUAAAAGACAUUAGUUUGUUCAAAAAUACAAAUGGUAGUUUUUAUUUAUAACACCCCUAUUCGUGAAUUAAACUAAUUUUCCCGCGCCUGUCAUUUGGUCUAUGAGUGCAACUGCUUUAUUUACAAUACUUGUGUAUUGUGUUAGCUUGUAUAGUUUUUGCACGGUAAGUUUUUUAUUAUUUGAACCAAAAUUGAAAAACGCUCGGACCCGUCAAUUUUUUAUUUUAAUCGAGGUAUUUUAUAACAUAAAAAAAUGUUCCUUCCUUUCAUCCCAUCCAACGUGACAAUUUUUUUUAAAUAUCUAGAGGGGUCGUGUCGCACCUUGUUGGAAAGGGCUUGAAAACUAGAAUUCAAAAAGGUCUUAUGCGACAAAAUAAUUUUAAAUAAAAUAAUGAAACAAAGUACCUACUCUAUAUCACAUCUUUAAAAUUAAUAAAUUAUAACCAUUGUUCAAAAAUGACAAGCAUUUUUUUCAAAGAUACUUCAGUUACUCUCUUUAUGAUCCACCUCGUAUAACUAAUAUAUAGUAAAUAUAAGAAUAACAAUAUAUUUUAUUAUUCAAUCAGUACAUAGCAUUACCAAAUUUAAGAAACUUACACAAAUCAAAAGUCAACCCUGGCAGAAGCAAAUGCAGCAUAACAUAUUUCGAAUUCCAAGAAAAAUAUAUUUUGCACCUGCUACAUAUUUACUAGUGCUUUCCCACGCCGAAUAUAGCACUCAUGGAAUAUUUUCA